AUGGCUUCCCCUAGCGUUCUCACCUUUGACGCUGAGGGUCGGGCAGUGGACUUUGAGGUCUGGGUAGAUUAUCUGCAGCUUUUCCUGCAGUGCGAUAGGGCAGACGGCCUCUCCCUGUUUGACCUCACUUCUGGUGCCUCCCCUGCCCCUGUUGGUGAUGCUGAUGCCACUGUUCGCUCACAGUGGGCCACACAUGACGCUGCUCCUCGCCUUGCUGUGCGCCGCCACUUACCGACCACUGAGCGUGCACACUUUAGCCAGUACAAGAGUGCUCAGACCUUGGGUAAUCUCCCUCCCCCCUCUGGCCCUCUGUUGCCUCUGCUGCUGCGGCCGACCUCGUUGGUUUCGAGUCAGUCGGCGCUGCGUCUUCCCCGAGCGGGAGACGCUGCACUGGUAAGGGCAAGGGGGGCAAGGGCACUGGAGGGGGUGGAGGGGGCGGUGGAGGUGGUGGUGGAGGCGGUGGAGGGAGUGGGGGUGGUGGUGGGAGUGGUGGCGGGGGUGGCGGUGGCGGCGGCAGCAGUGCAGGCGGCGGAGGCGGUGGAGGUGGCGGAGGGAGCGGAGGCGGCGGAGGUAGUGGAGGAGGCAGAGGUGGAGGAGGCGGCGGAGGCGGAGGAGGCGGCGGCGGCGGAGGCAGCGGUGGUGGAGUGA